AAAGUCACCAACAACAACAAAUCAGGAUAUCAGGGAUAUCAGCCAGUUAGCCUGACGUGUUGUUGUUAGAGUGCAUACAGAUCAGAAGUUUUUAACUCAGAAUUAAAUUUUUUUUAAACAUGUUUAAACUAUCGUUGAAGAGGUUCGCCUCAUUGCUGGUGUUCCAACUGCUGUUCCUCUGUGUGGAUUUGGGAAUAAACAGUUUUUCCUACUUGGCUCGCGGCGAUAAAAUUGCCAUCAUUUUCUUGUUUCUGGCUCAAGAUGUAUGCUUAAUUCUGUCGUUGACUGGUAUAAUCUUCAGUCUUUAUUCGACCUACGUCUACCAGGCCGGCAUGGCGCACUUGUUAUAUGAGAAAUUCCGGGUUCCUCUUCUGGUGGCAAUGAUAUACCUUUUGCUGAGCAUCAGCCUCCACACUUGGCAAGUUGUGGAUCACCACAAGUCACCGUAUCUAUUCCAAUGGCCCAAAGCUUUGACCGCACUGUUCAUCGUUCAAAGGCUGUUUUCGCCAUUGUAUUAUUAUUUCUACAAAAGAUCAGCACUCAAAAUGAGCGAUCCUCGCUUUUACGAAAAUUUGGAUUGGAUUACUUCCCAGCUGGCCAUCAAAUAAAUAAAUGAACUACAUACGUUGAUCCGAUUAGAAGUACGAUUAGCAUGGUGCUUCAGCACUUGAUUUGUAGUUCUUAAUAUCAUUUAUCAUCCGGAGAACGUUUAGUUAGGAUGUUUGUUCAGAAUCUGUGGCCAUGCCAUGCGAAUAAUCCAUUGGACGGUUAAGCAUGAAAUGAUCCAUUGAAUAAGAAAAUGUUAUCUCUAAAUUGAAGGACGAGAUGGGACUAUUCUUCUCUGGAAAACUCAAUGACAAAAGAAAAAAUGGAUAUUUAUCAAUGUAUUGUCGAAAUCUCAGCAAGAACCAUUAUUAGUUGCCCCGGUAACAAAUCACAUAAUAAAACUUUAGUUGAAUCCAGAAAUAAGCCUAAAAAAUGUACUUGCUGAAUAAGAUGUCAAUCACUAAACUGUAUUAUAUUACCAAUCACUAAAAAUAUAAAAUAACCUGAAUAUCUCCCGGAACGAUUGUGUAAAAAUUGCAGAAAUAAAUGUGUAUUCUUGUACAUUCAAUUAAUUAUCCAACAUAUCAUUAAACGAUUAUUGAUUGUCGUUCUGAA